GACAUUCUCUCAUCAGUAAACAUUCAGCACGAUUGCCAUGCGGUGGGAUGCCAAGCAAGUGGUGUUCAGCACAUUGCUCAAGAACGCGAGCUCACGAUGCGAACACGGUCUGUCAUUCAACAUGCUGACGACAUCAAUUUCGUGAUCAACGUGUAUUCACUACACAACUACAAGACUAUCCGAGAUGCACUUCCUUUGCAUCUGAAGCAUGCUAAUCGAUUUAUUCCUCAGCAAAAGGAAACUGACAUUAAAUUGGCGGCAUCCGAACGC